AUGAUGCUGGACCCCACGGAUGACCUGUGCCGCAUCCUCUGCACCGACGCUCUCUACAAGAUGGACCGCAUAGAGGAAGCCCAUAAGAUGCUCAGUUUGGCCCUCAACAGCAGCUCUCAGAAGUCCGCCGUUCUGGUCAGGCUGGCCCUGCUGCAGCUGAAAAAGGGCUUCAUAUACGACGGGAACCAGCUCUUCAAGAAGGUGAUCCAGCUGGGUGACACUUCUUGCCUUUUGCCCCUCAUGAAUGUGUUCACAGAAGAGGAUCGCAGGCUGAUGCAGAGUCACUGCCACACCAAGGGCAUGUCCAUCCUGCAGAGCAGACAGGGGGAGGCGUACCUGAAGGAGGGCGUGGCCUACUUAUCCUUCGCUAUUAUAGUGUCAGGAGGCGAGGCCAAGGACUCUCUGCUGGCCAGAGGCAGAUGUUACGGGCAGCUGGGACAGAAGAAGACGGCCAUAUACGAUUUCAGCGCCGUGCUGAGGGUGGAGCCCACCAAUGUGGAGGCGCUGUGUGCUAAAGGCUUCAUGCAGAUGUCUAUGAACCAGAAGAAGGAAGCGGUGAGCAGCGUCACGCUGGCCCUCCGGUCGGACGCGGCUUACGUCGCCCGCGAGAUCCAAUCUCUGCAGCCAGAAGCUCGGUCCCGGAUCAUCGAUUGGCUGCACGACCACUGCAGGAGCUCUUUAAUAGACAUGUUCGAUGCCGAUAGGAAUUUUCAGAGCGAACUGGAGAUCCACGACCUGGAGCUGAUCGCCGCGACAUUGGUGGACAUGGAAAACGCGCAGGAAAAAAUCCAUCUCUUACGCAUUGAUGUGCUCAUUGCAAAAGAGAACCACGAGGAGGCUUUCACCCACCUGAAGAAGUCUUUCACCAACAGCGCCAUUGGUGAAUCGGCCAAGGGGCGGUAUGGAAUUCUCCACGUCAAGUGUCGCAACGUCCUCGCAGCCGCCCAGGAACUCUGCACGCUGGCGGGGACCAAUCCGACAGAACUGCGGAACCUGGUGAAGUUCCUGGACAAGCGGCAAAGACAAAGCCUGUCACAGGUAAUGGCAUGGGGGGGGGGGGGACCUAAUAUUAACCCCAGGGGCGGACUGACAACUCAUGGGGCCCCCGGGCAAUAG